AUGACGUACAACGACACUUUGAACAACGACCCUUCGAACAACGACAUGAGGAACAACGACAUGGCGGACAACGACAUGUCGAACAACGACAUGGCGAACAACGACAUGAGGAACAACGACAUAAUCAUCAACGACAUGACACACACCGACAUGACGAACAACGACACGAGGAACAACGACACGAGGAACAACGAGAUGGCGAACAACGACACGAGGAACAACGACAUGAGGAACAACGACAUGAGGAACGUCGACACGAGGAACAACGACAUGACGAACAACGACACGAGGAACAACGACACGAGGAACAACAACAUGGCGAACAACGAUACGAGGAACAACGACAUGGCGAACAACGACACAAGGAACAACGACACGAGAAACACCGACAUGGCGAACAACGACACAAGGAACAACGACACGAGAAACAACGACACGAGGAACAACGACACGAGGAACAACGACAUGGCGAACAACGACACGAGGAACAACGACACGAGGAGAAAUGGUACGAAGAACAACGCAUCGAGGAACAACGACACGAGGAACGACACGAGGAACAACGACACAAAGGAAAACGACACAAGGAACAACGACACAAGGGAAAACGACACAAGGGACAACGACACAAAGGAAAAAGACACAAGGGACAACGACACAAAGAACAACGACACAAGGAACAACGACACAAGGGACAACGACACAAGGGAAAACGACACAAAGAACAACGACACAAAGAACAACGACACAAGAGACAACGACACAAGGGACAACGACACAAGGAACAACGACACGAGGAACAACGACACGAGGGACAACGACACGAGGGACAACGACACGAGGGACAACGACACAAGGAACAACGACACAAGGAACAACGACACAAGGGACAACGACACAAGGGAAAACGACACAAGGGACAACGACACAAGGGACAACGACACAAGGGACAACGACACAAGGGACAACGACACAAAGGAAAACGACACAAGGGACAACGACACAAGGGAAAACGACACAAGGGACAACGACACAAGGAACAACGACACAAGGGACAACGACACAAGGGACAACGACACAAGGAACAACGACACAAGGGAAAACGACACAAGGGACAACGACACAAGGGAAAACGACACAAGGAACAACGACACGAAGAACAACGACACAAGGGAAAACGACACAAGGGACAACGACACAAGGAACAACGACACAAAGAAGAACGACACAAGGAACAACGACAGGAGGAGCAACGACAGGAGGAGCAACGUCACGAGGAACAACGACACAAAGAACAACGACACAAGGAACAACGACAGGAGGAACAACGACAGGAGGGACAACGACAGGAGGAAGAACGACACAAAGAACAACAAUACAAAGGAAAACGACACAAGGAACAACGACAGGAGGAACAACGACACAAGGAACAACGAUACAAAGGAAAACGACACAAGGAACAACGACACAAGGGACAACGACAGGAGGGACAACGACAGGAGGAACAACGACACAAGGAACAACGACACGAGGGACAACGACACGAGGGACAACGACACGAGGAACAACGACACAAGGAACAACGAUACAAGGAACAACGACACGAGGAACAACGACACGAGGAACAACGACACAAGGAACAACGACACAAGGGACAACGACACGAGGGACAACGACACGAGGGACAACGACACGAGGAACAACGACACGAGUAACAACGACACGAGGAACAACGACACGAGGAACAACGCCUCGAGGAACAAUGCCACGAGGUCCAAUGACACGAGAAACAAUAACACGAGGAACAACGACACGAGGAACAACGACACGAGGAACAACGACACGAGGAACAAUGACACGAGGAACAACGACACGAGGUCCAAUGACACGAGGAACAAUGACACGAGGACGUCAACUCGAGAAACAAAGACAUGUCAAACCACGAGACGGAACAACCAAACAAGGAACAUCGACACGAGAAACAACGACACGAGGAAUAAAGACACAAAUGAUAACGACACGAGAAACAACGACACGAGGAAUAAAGACACAACUAAUAACGUCACGAGAAACAACGUCACAAUGACAACGACCUGCGGAACAAAUACGCGGCAAACCACGAGACGGGGAACAACGGAACAAGGAACAUUGACACAAGGAACAACGACUCAAGAAACAACGUCACACGGACAACGACACCAGGAAAUAAUACACGGCAAACCACGAGACGGGGAACAUCGGCACGAGGACAAGCAACACGAGGAAAAACGAAGCGACGAGCAACCACAUGAGGAAAAAAACGACACAACGAACCACGAAACGAGGAGCAACGACACGAGGAACAGCAACACGUGGUACAUUGUCACAAGGAAAUACGAAACGAGGAAUAACGGCACAAGAAACAACGGCACGAGCAACAGCGACACAAGCAACAGCAACACGAGGUAA